GCCUUGAAAAACCUCCUUUAGGGCAGUGCCUGUACAUUCACUCCUUACACUACAUAAAAGCAAAACAACUUUUCUUUUACCUUUCUUAGCUUGCAGCAUUCCAUUUGCAUACGUUUAUUUGUUUGUUUUUGCUUUCUCUUUUUAAGAAAAACGGUUAGUUUUUUCCUUUGGAUCCUUGUCUUCGUCGUGUUCUCGUUUGUGGUGUCGUUUCAGUCAGGGUUUGCCAUUCUUUUCUCUACGAUCCUCGUGCCCUACUCGUUUUCUUUUUCUGGUUGCAUUUUUCUUUCUUUCUUUGCUUUGCUUUUCUUUUCCUUUUCUCCUCCCUACUGUUCUUGUUGAAAUUCUGUUUCACAAACAUCUCUCCAUGGAACAACAAAACAGCAACACCUACAACUGGGCUUCUUAUGGCCGUUGGGUUAUUGUCAUCAUAUGUGUCGUCUUCCUGAUAUUCUUUCUAAUCUCCAUUGGCUAUGUAAACCGUCGAAGAAAUAGAAAUGGUUUAGCCACUCUUCCUUUUACCAAUUUUUAUCCCCUUUCAAUUCCUCCUCCCUAUUCUCCAAGGUUAAACCGUCAAUACAACACUCGGCCGUCAAAUGUAAGUACGACUCCUUUCAUGACGCAAACGUAUCAACCACCUACGACUCCUUUCAUGACUCAGACGUAUCAACCACCCCCUCUGUCUCCGGAUACUUCGUAUACCUCCCCUCCUCCCGAUGAUAUUCCUCCACCUGCUUAUCCAGAGGCCAUGGCCUCUGUCCAUCGACCAAAACACGAUAACGCUGUCCUUUGAAGAAGAUGAAAGGGAGCGAAUGGAAUCGCAUCUACAACAUAGCUUACAAUCAGUAACCAUAACUUGCAGUGAUUGAUUUCGGUAAACUAAUGGGAAUAAUUGUUGUUUUUAUUUAUUUGCUUCGUUCAGGCAUUUGUAUUUCUAGCAAACUUCGUUGGCUUACUAUGGGCAUUCCAGUUUUCUCGAUUUCUCAACUUUAUAUGAUUUCCUUCUCUUUUCACACCCUCUUUGACAUUUCUCUUUUACUACAUCUUUUUUCUUCUUCUUCAUUCCUUUCAUGUUGUUCCUUCUGUCGGUAUAAAAUGGUAGAUGAAUUCAUAAAAUGAUUUCGCUAUAGAAACCAUGCUAUGAUUUUGUCAAUGGUAAUUUAAUCCUUCAUAUAAUACUUUGGCCUACCCCUCUUGCUUUAGGUUUUUCUGUUUUUGAUUCUACAAGUGCUAAUAUACUUUCAAUAAUAUUGUUUAUACACUACAAGUAUGGAACAAUUAUCUGCAGUUGCUCAUUUUUAUAGCUAAACCCCUUUUUCUUUUUGAGCUUGAUUUUAUAUUGAAUUUUGUAUUUAUAUCAACUUAAUAACAUUAUCUAAACAACUUUGUCUAUCCUUUUAUGCUUUAAAACUUUCUUUUCUAGUACCUUUGUGUAUCGCCCCCACUUGGUCCUAAAGAAUUUGGAAGUGGAAUAGUCAUGGUGACUCACCAACCUCGACAGAACCACCAAAUUU